UUUAAAGUGCAGUAGUGGGUUUAGUUGAGUUUUUCGCAUCCUUAAAAAUGAAAAGAAGCACUCACUCGUGAACCCCACGCAGUGUUCGAUAAUCAAAUCUUCUUUCUUUUUCUUCCGCAGUCCCAACCUUCAUGGAUUCUCACUCACACAUCAUUGCUUGGGGCUCUGGUGAAGAUGGUCAGCUAGGAAUCGGAAGCAACGAAGAGAAAGAAUGGGUCUGCCUCGUCAAAGCCCUCCAGCCCCACCGUAUUCGCUCCGUCGUCGCCGGCAGCAGAAACUCCCUCGCCAUCGCUGACGACGGCAAAUUGUUCACUUGGGGUUGGAACCAAAGGGCCACACUUGGGCACCCUGCUGAGACCAAGUCUGAGAACAAGACUGAGAACACUCCCAGCCAGGUCAAGGCUCUUUCCAGUGUUAAAAUUGUUCAGGCGGCUAUUGGGGGGUGGCACUGUUUGGCCGUUGAUGAUCAGGGCAGAGCUUAUGCUUGGGGUGGAAAUGAAUACGGGCAGUGUGGCGAAGAACCCGAGCGCAAGGAUGGCACUGGUAGACCUUUAAGGAGAGAUAUAGAGAUCCCUCAGCGCUGUGCUCCUAAGCUUGUUGUUCGGCAGGUUGCUGCAGGAGGAACUCACUCAGUGGUACUUACACGAGAAGGGCAUGUUUGGACAUGGGGUCAGCCAUGGCCGCCUGGUGACAUAAAACAGAUUUCAGUCCCUGUUCGGGUUCAAGGUCUUGAAAAUGUGAGGCUCAUUGCUGUUGGAGCAUUUCAUAAUUUGGCUCUUCAAGAGGAUGGAACUUUAUGGGCAUGGGGUAAUAAUGAAUAUGGACAACUUGGAACUGGAGAUACUCAGCCUAGAUCACAACCUAUUCGUGUUCAAGGACUUUCUGAUCUUACCUUGGUAGAUAUUGCAGCUGGUGGAUGGCAUUCUACUGCAUUGACAGAUGAAGGAGAGGUAUAUGGCUGGGGAAGGGGGGAGCAUGGCAGGCUUGGAUUUGGUGAUAGUGACAAGAGCAGUAAAAUGGUACCCCAGAAGGUUCAACUUUUAGCUGGAGAAGAUAUUGUUCAGGUGUCCUGUGGAGGUACUCACUCAGUUGCAUUAACCCGGGACGGGCACAUGUUUUCUUUUGGUAGAGGUGACCAUGGACGUCUUGGAUAUGGUAGGAAAGUCACCACUGGUCAACCAAUGGAGGUACCUAUAGACCUCCCUCCCCCACAGGAUCCCAGUGGCACUGCAACUGAGGGACAUUGGAUAGCUAAACUAGUUGCUUGUGGUGGCCGGCAUACCCUGGCAAUAGUAGAAUGGAAAUCAAAUGAAUCUUAAAAUUGACUCAAAUUCUAAAUAAAACAGAAACUGGAAAGUGGAUGAGGCUAAUGACUGAUUUGGAACUCAAUUCAGGUGCUGGAAUUUCACUCGUUCUGCAUGAUAUGAUCUUGCCUUUGUAUAAUCAUGCAUAUGGCACAAGCAUAAAAUUCAUCAAUAUAGUAACGGGGUUUGGUUUUGGAUGGUCUUAA